AUGAAAAUAGAAAAAACAAUCUUUCUGAUUUUUUCAUUAUGCAUACCUCAUUGUACGUCAUCUCCACCUGAGGUACGGCUGAUAAAUGAUUUAAUGGUUGGUUAUGUGACGGAAGAGAGACCCGUGUUGGAUAGCUCAAAACCAGUUGUAGUCACAUUAGGAAUUUCACUUCAACAAAUUAUUAAUUUGAACGAAAAGGAGGAACAGCUCGAAGUAUCGGCUUGGCUGAAGUUUGCUUGGAGAGAUGAAAAUCUUCGUUGGGAACCUCUUGCAUAUGAUAAUGUGACUGAUUUACGUCAUCCAUCUGGUUCUCUUUGGCAACCAGAUAUUCUUCUCUACAAUAGCGUGGAUCCCGCAUUCGAUUCGACGUAUAAAGUUAAUCUCAUUAAUUAUGCUGAUGGUACUGUUAAUUGGGUCCCACCAGGAAUUUUUAAAGUUUCAUGUAAAUUAGAUAUUUACUGGUUCCCAUUUGAUGAGCAGAUAUGUUUUUUCAAGUUUGGCUCUUGGUCAUUCAGUCGAGAUAAAAUUGAAUUGAAACAUGGUGACUUUGAUUUUUCUGAAUUCCUACCUAAUGGCGAAUGGCUAAUAAUGAGCUCUUCAGCCAAUGUAUCCAUAAAAACAUACGAAUGUUGCCCUGAAGAAUACGAAGACAUCAAAUUCACUUUGGUAUUAAGACGAAGAACAUUAUACUAUGCUUUUAAUCUGAUUAUGCCAUGUUUGUUGGUAAUGAUUUUAGUAAUCUUAGGUUUCACUCUCUCACCUGACACUUGUGAGAAGAUUGGAUUACAGAUAUCCGUCACCUUAGCUAUUUGCAUUUUCUUGACAAUUAUGAAUGAAAUGACUCCGCAUACCUCCGAAGCUGUUCCCUUGUUAGGAGUUUUUUUCGAAAGCUGUAUGGUUAUAUCGGUUCUGGCUACUUCCUUCACCGUCUAUGUGCAGAGUUAUCACUUCCGUAACCAUCAAAAUACUCAGAGAAUGGGAUUUUGGAUGAGAUAUCUCUUAUUGGAAUGGGCUCCAUGGUUCUUACGGCUGAAACUACCUAGACGGCCGAACACACUAUCUACAAUGAAAGAGAGUUGGAAAGAGCGGCGGAAUCGUGAUGAAGAUGCUCGAACUGCUUUUGAUUAUACAGAUGGAACAUGUAAAUUAAUGCAAACCGUUGGGGAUACGAUGAAACAAAACUUCGAAAACGUUAUAUUCCAGGUUAAUUCGGGGAAACAAGGAACUGAUAAGAAGUUGAUGGAAAGAUUGAGAGUACUUCAGAGAAUUCACGAUCAUGUAAAGAUGAUUCGUGAGCACGACGAUGAUUCCCAAGAAGAUAAAAAAGUGGCUUUCGAAUGGAGAUUUGCAGCUAUCGUUGUUGAUCGUUUGGGGCUAUUAUGUUUCACGGCUUUAUUAUUACUAACAUCAUGUACUUUCACAUUUCGUGCACCAUAUCUGGUUGCGUGA